GCCUCUGUGUAAGUACCUCAAGGAGACCACAAAUCUUUGUCUUCCACCACCGAAGGAAGUAGAAUGUGUCCAGUCUGAUUUCCCCAAUAAAACUCUACAGCGUUCUUAUAAUCUCUCACAUGCUGGCAAUUUGUUCUAGUGAAACCUCCCGCCGGCGCAAUCAGACAUUCAGUGCUCUGCUGGAAUACUAGGCACAGUGAUUUUUGUGGACAGGUUGAAUCAAACCAUGCUGACUUCUGUCUCAACCAAUGAAGGGGUUGGGAACAGUGCUCGGCUAUAUGGAGAACUGUAUGACAUGUGAACUGGUAACAUCACUCCCAAGGGCUUCGUGAUGCUGAUACUCCCGUGGUAUCAGAUGGAGGACCCAUCCAACGCCCAAAGUCACAAAGGCAUCAUACGGAUCGCAGCAAAGGUAAUAGUACCGAUCUUAGGGAGGCAUUCACGCCAGCCCAUUGCUAGUGUAUUGUUUGACGAAGAUGGAGAAGACUUGGAGCUCGGGACCGUGCUAAUUCUGGAUCGUGUAUGGUCGCGUCUACGAGCUGUCCUCCCCGAAGCAUAUCGCGAUUUUUAUUCUUUCCUGUAGGACUUCAUCGUUCAUCCAUUCUCCGUCACAUAACACGCACUGUAACCCAUUCUGUGGUCUUCUAACCCCUGCCCUUUUGCUGCUUAAGCAAUGAGUUCAAUAUCGCAGAUCGAGUCGCUUCAAGCUAGUCUCAAUGCAGCUCUGGAUGCUCUUCGAGAUGAGAUGAAACGUUUAUCUCUCCCCGAACUUUCCAGUACCAACCCUCAUCGCCAUUCAAUGGAUGAGCCGGGUUUUGUGUGUUCUCCAAGGCUGUAUGAAGCUCGAAGGCUCGCAAUAGCGGCACUGGGUGAGAUUAAGAACAUCAUCCAGUAUCCCUUUGAAAAGGUUGUCCAACAAUCUUGCGCUGUUUAUGACACGGCUUGUCUCGAUAUUCUGCUUAAGACUGGCGUCAUCGACCAACUGGCCGACUCAUCAGUCAUCAAUGACGGUCUGGACGUGCAUGAUCUGCAGAAGACUCUUGAUCUGGAUCCUGCUAAGCUUACGGUUGUCCUACGGUAUCUGGCAUCUCAGGGAUGGCUUCAAGAAACGAAAGAGGGUACGUUUAAGCUCACGCGGGCUGCAUUAGAGCUUUCAGAAGGUCAUGGGGGGCGUGACUGGAUAUAUUUCUCUACGAUGCCGCCUGUUGCACAAUCUUUGCUGGCUCAGAUAACGCACCCGGAGUGGAAACACUCCCAACGACCUGACCAAUGCGCCUUUCAAUUGGCUCACAACACCUCAUUGACCACGUUCGCCUGGAUGAAGCAACAUCCUGAGAAGCUGGGACCGUGGGCGAAGGCCAUUCAGGCUAUGGGCGAUGCUUACCAUGCUCCGAUGCUGUACGACUUCCCAUGGAAGAAGUUUGACUCUCAAACCUUCAUUGAUUGCGGCGGGGGUUUAGGCAACUUGUCCAUUGCCUUGUCUGAAAUCUUACCUCAGAGCCAAUUCAUCGUUCAGGACCUCGACGAAGUCAUAACUAAAGCUCAACCAAACAUUGCGAACCGGGCACCGAUUGCAUCCCAAGAAGGACGCAUCACGGCAGAAGUCGUUGAUCUUUUCGCGAUUCAGCCACGUCAUGGAGAAGGUUUUGUCUACUUGCUUCGCCACGUCUUGCAUAACUGGACAAAUGAAAAUUGUAUCAAAAUGCUUAAGAACAUCACAGAGGUGGCCACACAUUCGUCUACCUUCAUCAUCAUCGAAGUUGUCUCGCAGCCUAACUCGCUCUCUAAUGCUACACCUACUCAAGGGGAGAUUGUAACACUCGAUGACCUCAUCGGGUCAGACACAUACCGCGCGAUUACACCUCCCCCAUAUAUCCCCACCAAUUUUGGUGCCUCGGCCAAGACGUCCCUCGGGCUUGGUACACACAUGAUGGGCCUUUUCAACGCGCGCGAGCGAUCCCUGCGGGAAUGGACAGAAAUCGUGAACAGUGCGGGUUUGAAAGUGGUCGAAGUUCAUUCGUUCCGGGGUAUGGUGUCGGCGAUCGAAUGCAAAUUCGCGUAGGUUACUAUUGGACGCGGCGGUGGUUGUGGAAUUGCCAUCCUGGUAACAUGUAUUUUUAUUCCCUUGACAAUAGAAAAGUUCUUGCUUGAGC